CAUCGGAAUGCUGUUAGAGAGAUGAACCAGAAGUACAUAAGUGCUCCACUUCACGCCUGUCUCCUCCCAGCCUGGUCAUCGCUGACAGUCUGAGAUCUGGCCAGAUAACUGAGGAAAAAGCUGCGUACCUGCAGAGGUGGUGGCUGCCGUUGAUGUCAACACCGUCGCUAAUGAAGUCUACAGGUACAAUUUCCCUCACACGCGGUUACUGGCCAAGACCAUUGAAGGCAUUACACUAGAAGAGUUUGACAGAUUAUCUUUCAAUAUGAUUUUAAUGAGCCCUCCCUGUCAGCCAUUCACAAGAAUUGGCCUGCAAGGUGAUGUAACUGAUUCAAGGACGAAUAGCUUCUUAUAUAUUCUAGAUAUUCUCCCAAGAUUACAAAAAUUACCGAAGUAUAUUCUUUUAGAAAAUGUUAAAGGUUUUGAAGUGUCUUCUACAAGAGACCUGUUAAUACAAACAAUAGAAAAUUGUGGCUUUCAGUACCAAGAAUUUCUAUUAUCUCCAACCUCUCUUGGCAUUCCAAAUUCAAGGCUACGGUAUUUCGUUAUUGCAAAGCUUCAGUCAGAACCAUUACCCUUUCAAGCCCCUGGUCAGGUACUGAUGGAGUUCCCCAAAACUGAAUCUGAACAUCCACAAAAACAUGCAAUAGAUGCAGAAAAUAAAAUUGAAGGAAAGAGAAUUGAAGCAAAUAUUUGCUCUGAUAGCAGCAGACCAGGUUCUGGAAAAGAAGCCAUUCUUUUUAAGCGUGAAACUGCAGAAGAAAUUGACCGGAAACAUCAACAGGACAGUGAUCUCUCUGUGCAAAUGCUAAAAGGUUUUCUUGAAGAUGACAUUGACGUGAAUCAGUACUUUUUACCACCAAAGUCAUUGCUGCGAUAUGCUCUUUUGUUAGACAUUGUUAAGCCCACUUGCCGAAGGUCCACGUGCUUUACGAAGGGUUACGGAAGCUACGUAGAAGGGACAGGAUCUGUGUUACAGACUGCAGAGGAUGUGCAGAUUGAGAAUAUCUACAAAUCCCUUACCAAUUUGUCACAAGAAGAAAAGUUAACAAAAUUGUUAAUGCUUAAACUUCGAUAUUUCACUCCUAAAGAAAUAGCAAAUCUCCUAGGAUUUCCUCCAGAGUUCGGAUUUCCUGAGAAGAUAACAGUGAAACAGCGUUAUCGUCUACUGGGAAAUAGUCUCAACGUGCAAGUAGUAGCUAACCUAAUCAAAAUCCUCUGUGAAUAAUUUAAAGAUAACUCUGAAAAAUGGUCACAGUAUUCCUUCUUAUCCAUAUAGUACUUCUGAAACUCUAUCUUGAAUUAAUUUUGACGAAAUUCAACUAAAUUGUCUUGAACUCUCUUUAAUAAGCAAUUUGGAUUUAUCACAAAAAUGCCAAUUUGUUUCCUUAAAUGUGUAUUACUGUGUUGUGUAAAGUGAAAAUUAUUGUUAUGCUUUAGGAGAAUAUAUUUUCAUAUGAAAUUAUUAAAUAUAUAUGUAAAAUAUUCUCUUUCUAAUAUUAUGGUAUAGACAAAUUUAGAAACAUUAGAAUUUUAAUGUCUACAUGAAGAUUUUAUAAAGUAUCAUAACAGGCAUCACUUAAUGACCCUGAGAAAUUGUACAUUUUUAUAUGUUAAUUAAAGAAGUUGCUUUAUGAA